UAUUUCAGUAUCUCAGUCUCAGUCUCUCUUCCCCUCUCUUCCUCCCCUCCCCCCCUUUUUUUCCUCAAGCCAGGUAUGAUGAUGUCAAACAUGAUGCUGAUGCUACAGUUACAGACACAGCCCCUCCUGGCGCAGCCUCUGAUUCUCUUUGCCUUUCUGCUUCCAGCUCUGGGGGUUUUCAGACAAGUGCAUCUCCUAAUCAGGUCACAUUUCAUCUAGGACCUACCAUCCAUCUCUUUCCCCAGUCAUUUCAGUGGUGGAGGAGGAGGAGGAGGAGAGAAGACGACUUUGGACUGCAUUGGGGUGGGAGAGGGAGAGGGAAGGAAAUUAAGGCAAAGAAAAUUUAAAAAACAAAAACAAAAAAUAAAACAAAGACUAACCAACCCCAAUCCAGAUCAAAGAUGAGCUCUGGGGGUUUUGGGCUGCGGCUGCUGCUGCUACCCCUUCUGCUCAUCACCGCCCCUGCACCCGGCUCGGCGGAGGGGGAUUCUAAGGGGGUCAAGGAUGGCGAGACCCCUGGCAAUUUCAUGGAGGACGAGCAAUGGCUGUCGUCCAUCUCCCAGUAUAGCGGCAAGAUCAAGCACUGGAACCGCUUCCGAGACGAGGUAGAGGAUGACUACAUCAAGAGCUGGGAGGACAGUCAGCAAGGAGAUGAAGCGCUGGACACCACCAAGGACCCCUGCCAGAAGGUGAAAUGCAGCCGACAUAAGGUGUGCAUCGCUCAGGGCUACCAGAGAGCCAUGUGUAUCAGCCGGAAGAAGCUGGAGCACAGGAUCAAGCAGCCAGCCCUGAAGCUCCAUGAAAACAAAGAAGGCUUUUGUAAACCAUGUCACAUGACCCAGCUGGCCUCUGUCUGUGGCUCUGAUGGACACACUUACAACUCGGUGUGUAAACUGGAACAGCAAGCCUGCCUGACCAGCAAGCAGCUGACAGUGAAGUGUGAGGGUCAGUGCCCUUGCCCCACGGAGCAGGCCCCAGUCUCCACCACAGACACUAAACAAGACACCUGCACGGGGCAAGACCUGGCGGAUCUGGGGGACCGGCUGCGGGACUGGUUUCAGCUCCUUCAUGAGAACUCCAAACAGAACGGCACCGCCAGCGCUGGAGCCAGCCCCGCCGGCGGGCUGGACAAGAGCCUGGGGGCCAGCUGUAAGGACUCCAUUGGUUGGAUGUUCUCCAAACUGGACACAAGCAAUGACCUGUUCCUGGACCAGUCUGAGCUGGCCGCCAUCAACCUGGACAAGUAUGAGAUCUGCAUCCGUCCCUUCUUCAAUUCCUGUGACACCUACAAAGACGGCCGCGUCUCCACUGCCGAGUGGUGUUUCUGCUUCUGGAGAGAGAAACCCCCCUGCCUGGCUGAACUGGAGAGGAUUCAGAUCCAGGAGGCAGCUAAAAAGAAACCUGGCAUCUUCAUCCCCAGCUGUGAUGAGGAUGGCUACUACAGAAAGAUGCAAUGUGAUCAGAGCAGUGGCGACUGCUGGUGUGUGGACCAGAUGGGCCAAGAACUGACGGGAACCCGGCUACAUGGGAGCCCAGACUGUGAUGACAUCGUUGGGUUCUCCGGGGACUUUGGGAGUGGCGUUGGCUGGGAGGACGAGGAGGAGAAGGAGACUGAGGAGGCGGGUGAAGAAGCCGAGGAGGAGGAGGAGGAGGCAGGCGAGGCAGAUGAUGGAGGCUAUAUCUGGUAGAAGCCCAGUGAGGGAGGCCUGGGGGGAGGGGGAUGCUGGGGUACUGACAGCUGGGAGGGGACAAAAAAGCAGUGAACUGGGCAGAAACAGGGCAGCUUAGUGAGUUGAUCAGGAAAACACAGUCGAAUGUAACUUGAUUCCAGUGGGGAAGAAUGAACGCAUGUGAGCGUGUGAUAUAUUUGUGGAGUGUGUGACAGGUGUGUGUGUGUGUGUGUGAUGGGUGUGACAAGUGAGCAUGUGCAUGACCUGCAGCUGUGGGCAGUGUCAUUGAAUGAUGCCCCUCCUGGCAAACCAAACCACCAAAAGUCACCUCCAGCCUUCACUCAUUUUUUUUUUAAAUACUACAUUAAAAAUUGAUGAGAUGUGAUACUCUUUCCCUCUCUACACCCUGAUACGCCUUCCUAAGCUAGAAUUUGACUCACCCAUUCACCCCAAAUGCCCUGUGAUUGCUGUCCAUCCUAUCUGUCCCUGUCCUCUCUGGCUUUUUAUACUAGGCCCAACUCCUCCAUAUCCUGGGGUCAAGCAGCCACUUGCCCGAGGUUCUGGCCUUAGCUCCAAAGGCGAAUGUCCUGUGGUCCACCAAGGUGGAGAGUGCAAAUUGUUCUCAGGGUGUGCACCCUUCCCAAAGACCAGGGGCCAUGACUCUUGAGCUCUUUUGGCAGUGAGACUGUCAACCAUUGUCACUAGCCUCAGAAAGGAGGAGAAAGCCAUCCUCUGGAAGUGAGCCCUUCUAAUGGCUGGGUUCUUGCAAGGCCAGAGAGUUUCUUUCAGCCUGGGUUGUGGGAGAGAUGGUGGGGAGAUGGAUGGGGGAAGGGGCAGAAGCUCCCACAGCUACUGGAAGAAGUUUAGGGUUGGUGAUGAAGAGGAGGCCUUGCCCACCCAACAGCUCCUACAAAGCUGUGCUAAAGGUAUCAUUGGGUGGGCUCAGGUCCCCGUGGAUGGCUGCCCAACGUCCACCUCCUUGUCCCUAGGAUUGGGAGCACCUCCACAGAGUUGAAAGACUGGAUACCUUUGGGGUGAGGAUUGGAACAGUUCUGACUUGUAGAACAUCGGUGUAGGGCCUUCUUGGGCGGAGCAUGGCCUAGCCUCUUCCUAUAGCAGUGAUUUUCCCCAAACCCCAGGUGGGAUUUAAAGCCAGGACUGCUUUCUUUGGGGAGCAGUUCCAUCCACCUUCCCCUUUCAGUUUCUGCCCAAGAGCUGGGCUGUGGUGACUUGUUGCCCCCAUAAAUUGGUAUUGAGGAUGUUAGGUCUUGCUAGGGAUAGAAAUUAAAAUACCUGGAGCACUUCUGUAUUUCUUUCCUGGCCCCUUUAUCAGAAUUUCCCCUUCUUUUCCUGAACCAAUGGAAACAGGCAAUCUCAUACAAGUUUUUGAAACAAAUUUUGAAGCUGGCCAGAUGACUCUGGAGGUGGGUGGUAGGUGAAAGGGAGGCAUUCUACUUUGCUGCCUUCUCUGGGCCUCCGUCCUCCCUCCCCUACCCACCCAUUCAUUCAGCAAGCCCUUAUUAAGUACCUACUAUGUAC